UUCUAAUAAAAAUAAGAAGAAAAACAAACUGAUCAUACGCACACGAACACAGGCACACAACCCAAAGUCUUUAAAAAUAAAAAAUAAAAACAUUCAUCAGAAAGAUAAGAUAACAAGAAAUGCACACAAAGAACAACCCAAGAACUCACCUCCGCUUCGCCUUUAGAGCCAAUUUCUCACGGCAAAGCCAUGUGCACUCUUGAGAAGCGCGGUGAUCUCUUCUUCCUAACCCUAACAGGCGACGACGAGCACCGCCUCAGCCUAACCCUCAUCGACUCGCUCCUCUCGGCUCUCUGCCAAGCCAAGUCCGAAGCCACUCGCGGCUCGGUCCUCGUCACCACCGCCCACGGCAAGUUCUUCUCCAACGGCUUCGACCUCGGCUGGGCCCAAGCCGCCGGCUCCGCCUCUGCCGCACGCGCUCGUCUCAGCCAGAUGGUCGCCGCCUUCAAGCCAGUCGUCGCCGCGCUUCUCUCGCUCCCGAUGCCGACGGUAGCCGCCGUCCAAGGGCACGCAGCUGCCGCCGGAUUCUUGUUGGCUCUGAGCCACGACUACUUCCUGAUGAGGCGCGAUAGAGGCGUGCUGUAUAUGAGCGAGGUCGAUUUGGGGCUGCCAUUCCCAGACUACUUCACGGCGGCGUUUCUGGCGAAGAUCGGGUCGGUUUCGAGUAGGAGGGACGUGAUGCUGAGGGGGAUGAAGCUGAAGGGAGACGAGGCUGUCAAGCUUGGGAUUGUGGAAUCGGCGCACGAUAGCGCGGAGAGCACGGUGGAGGCUGCGGUGCGCCUGGGGGAGCAGUUGGCGAAGAGGAAGUGGAACGGCGACGUUUACGCGGAGAUCAGGAAGAGUUUGUAUCCGGAGUUGUGCGGCGUUGUUGGAGCGGCGGUUGCUACUCCAAAGGCAAAGCUUUGAUUCCUCGUGUGUUUCGAUCAAGUGUUUAAGAAAAUAAUUUGAAAGGGGUUUAAAUUGAAAAUGAUGAUUUCAGUGUUUGAGGUCUCUGGAUCAAUUUAUGUAAGAUGUUAAGAAAGAUUAAGGAAAUAAGGAAUUUGAUAAUUUACUCUCAAA